AUGGCCUCAGAUGUGGAGGUGCUGACUCUCAUCCCGAUCGCUUCACAUUCAGCUGCAAACCGUCCCAGAGCCUCAUUCAGGGAUGUUCAGGUUCUGACUCAUCGUCGUACUGAGCGCGCUCAGAUCAGAGAUACAGAUCUGAAAGAUAAACAGCUGUCCCACAGGAAGUGCUGUGACUUAAAUCAUGUUAAUAUAAUUUUCCUGUGUGUUUCUGUGUUUUUUUCUGCAGGUUCUGAUGAGUGGAGGAUUGUUCUGGUUGGGAAGGCGGGAGUGGGGAAGAGUUCAACAGGAAACACCAUCUUAGGUGAUGAAGUGUUUGAGUCUGAACUAGCUGCAGAGUCUGUCACAUCUGAGUGCAAGAAAGAAAGAAGAGAGGUUGGAGGGCGAAAGGUUACAGUCAUUGACACUCCAGGACUGUUCGACACAACUUUAACCAAUGAAGACGCCUGGAAGAUGAUCAGGGAGUGCAUGGCUUUGUCUUCUCCUGGUCCACAUGCCUUCCUGGUGGUUCUUCAGCUGGGCAGAUUCACAGAGGAGGAGAAAGAAACAGUGAGACUGAUUGAACAAACAUUUGGUGAAGAUGCAUCUAAAUACUUGAUGGUAUUGUUAACUCAUGGAGACAGACUGAAGAAACAAACCAUUGAAGAGUUUCUCUCAAAGAGCGAGGACUUGAGCGACAUCAUCCAGAAGUGUUACGGCCGUUAUCACGUCUUCAACAACGAUGCUGAAGACCCGUCACAAGUCCAUCAGCUUCUGGAUAAAGUAGAGAAGAUGAUUCAGGACAAUGGUGGGUCACACUACACCACAGAAAUGUUCCAGAAAGCUGAAGAAGCCUUUGAGGGAGAGAGACAACGAAUCCUGAAAGAGCGUGAGGCCGAGAGGAACAAAGAGCUGGAGGAGCUGAAGACCAAACAUAACAGGGACAAGUUAGCGGUAGAGGAAGACAUGAUGAAGGAAAGACGUGAGAUGGAAGCAAGGAUUCAGGCUGAAAGAGAGGCACAGAAACCUGCAGUCCAUGCUCCUCGUCGUCGUUGUGUAAUCCUUUAA